AUGAAUGUAAAAAUAGCGAAAAGUGUAAUUGGAGGUUACAGCUUCUUCUUUCAGAGGAUAGAAUUUAUUGCCACUGAGUCUCUUAUAAAAAAUUCUUUUUUAACAAAAGAGUAUUAUGACAAAGCCAAAAAAAAAAAAAAAAUUGAUCUUUUUGAUUUUAUACCUCCAGAAAAUUUCCUUUCGUCUUAUUUUCAAAAACUGGAUAAAUGUUAUUCGAAUCCUCGAUCAAUAUUGCGGCUGUACAAGGAGUACAUUGAGAAGGAGGAUUAUCCAAAUUACAACUGGCUAGUCAGAUGCUUUUGCCAGCUAGCUAAUGUAUUCGGCUUCAACUCCUUCUGGAGUGUUAAGGAUAAAGAGGCAAUACAUGAGCUGAAGCUGUUUAAAUACUUGGUGUAUGAUUUAAUUGAACGGAAAGAGCUAAUAAAGGCUAGACAUUGCCCAAGAUUGCUUUAUGCUAUGUGUUGCUUAGAUUAUAGAUGUUAUUUUAUGCUACCUACUAUUUUAGAAAUAAUCGAAAUGAACAUAGAGAAGUACCGAAUACCAACAUUGUGUAUGGUUAGUUUUUCCUUAUCUUACUUAGGAUUAAUAAAUAAGGAUAUACAGUUUGGGUCCGUUAACAACUUAUCAAGGAGCUAUAAUGUAAUAAUAAAUGUAAUGAACAAUAUAUAUGAAAGAAGAGAAGAAGCGAAGAAAGACACGACAAAUUUCUGUUGGUCCUUAUUAGCCUACGUUUUAGUCAUAAAUAAUUUGUAUACAUUUCCUUUAAGGAGUAGCUCUGACAAUAACAUCAGUGAUGAGGGUAGCACUCGUGGAAGUAGCUUCUUACCUGAGGUUUUAAAAAACGCAUGUAUGUCCUUAACAAAAGAGAAUAUAUCAGAGAGCGGGUGGGUACAAUACUUUUUAUAUAUAACAUUGUACUGUUGUGAUAUUGAAAAACCAAGUAACGAGUUGGAAAUAAAAGAAAGUAUUCCUUUUUUUAUUCAAGAAUAUUUACAUUUGAAAUGGUUAGACAAUAUUUUAAUAACUGCUCAAAAUCAAGGCUCGGAAAAAAUUCAACUAGAAAUGGAAAACAUCAUUCAGAAAUUGCAUCUAAAAAAUUUUUUUAUUAAUUUAUCAGUUGGAAGAAAAAUAGAUGAACAGCAUUGUUUUUUUACAUCUCACUUUUACAAGCCUUUAAAUUUAUGUAUUGAAUAUGACUACUUUCACCCGAUUGGUAUGAACAGACCAUUAAUUAAUGGUAUCAUUUCAUUAAAAAAUCGAAUUUUUAAAAAGUUAAAUUAUAAUGUUGUCAAUAUUCAUAAAUGUUAUUGGGACAUCCUAACCAAUGAGCAGAAAGAAUUGCAAUUAAUAAAAAUUUUAGAUGCUUUUCAAAAAGAACAAGAAAAGAAUAGAUAUAAUGCAAAAGAACUCUAUCAAGACAAAUACUUCAAUUCAGAUUUGCUGCACUUGAAACAUAAACGGAUUAAGUUUCAUACAUGGCCACCUGAAAACAUAACAAUUUGA